AUGAAGGUUGCUAAUUUGAGACAACGGUUCUUCCACUCUGUUGCACCUGGCGGACUUGCGGGUGAUAGACGAGGAGUAGUCCCUGCAAAUGCGUUUGCUUUUAGCGCAGAACAAAUGUGGCAAGUCAUCAAAGACAACAAAGACUUGGAUCUUCCAGCACACAAGGUCAUGGUUGCAACAGUGCGUUGUGAGGAAAUUGCCAAUGAGAAGUUUUCCCAUUUCAUGGAAAAUGAGGAUUGGCGUCAGUUGGAAGAAGCUUCGCAGUCAGCUCCUGUUACCGGAUUUGGAAAGAAGCUGAGUCCAAUUCUUCAGUCUUGCUUAUCAGAGUAUGACACUGAAGCCACGUAUUUUGACGAAGGUGUGAGAUCUUCCAAGAGGCAACAGCUGCAAGAAAAGUUAUUGCAACUUGUUCAACCAGCUUUCCAAGAUGUGAUUGGACAUCUGAGAUCUGGAACACUUGAAAACUUCAAAGAGGCUUUUGAAAAGGCUUUGAACGCAGGAGAAGGGUUUUCAUCAUCUGCACACUCCUGUGCUCAGUCUUGCAUGUGUCAGUUUGACAAAGGAUGUGAAGAGGCUGUGAUUGAACAAGCAAACUGGGAUACAUCUAAAACUCGGGAAAAGCUUCAGCGUGAUAUUGAUGCCCAUAUUGAUUCUGCUCGUGCUGCGAAGUUGUCUGAACUGACUACGCUUUAUCAGUCAAAGCUAAACGAAGCAUUAGCUGGACCGGUGGAAGCUCUCUUAGAUGGAGCUAAUGAUGAGACGUGGCCAACAAUAAGAAAGCUACUAAAACGGGAAGCAGAAUUGGCCGUCUUUGGUCUCUCCAACGCAUUAUCUGGUUUUGAAAUGGAUGAAGCAACACGCAACAAAAUGCUCACUGACCUCGAGAACUACGCACAAGGUGUUGUUGAAGGGAAAGCAAAGGAAGAAGCUGGACGGGUGUUGAUGCGUAUGAAGGAUAGGUUUGCAACAAUCUUCAGUCACGAUUCUGAUUCAAUGCCACGUGUCUGGACUGGAAAAGAAGACAUCAGAGCAAUUACCAAAAUGUCUCGCUCUGCAUCCUUGAAACUGCUGUCGGUUAUGUCUGUCAUCCGCUUAGACAACGAACUCGACAAUGUCGAGAAGAUCUUGUCGCUUGCUCUGGUUGAUUCCACAAACAACACUUCUUCAAGCAAGAGCAUCACCACUGCCGAUUCCCUCGCUUCAAGCACUUGGGAGCAGGUCGCACCAACAAAGACAUUAAUUACACCUGUUCAAUGUAAAUCAUUGUGGCGACAAUUCAAGAAUGAGACACAAUAUACCGUUACACAGGCCAUUUCUGCACAGGAAGCUAACCGAAGAAAUAAUAAUUGGAUGCCACCUCCAUGGGCAAUGGUUGCCUUAGUUGUUCUUGGCUUCAAUGAAUUUAUGACUCUUUUAAGAAAUCCUCUGUACAUUGGCUUCUUUUUUGUUGUCUACCUGGUUGCCAAAGCCAUGUGGGUGCAACUAGACGUCUCAGCAGAAUUUCGUAAUGGCGCGCUACCUGGGUUGAUCUCUUUAUCAACCAAGCUUCUUCCCACCGUCAUGAAUCUACUGAGAAAGCUCGCCGAACAAGGACAAGCUCCAUCGGCAAAUAGUAACCCCCAACAGGGUACAGCCAGCGGAGUAAGCAGCAGUGUUGGUUCAUCUUCAUCAAGCUUAAAUUCAACAGAAACUGUAUCCAACAGCACGAAAGAUGACUAA